UGUUCUCCAAUCCGCGCGAGGAAUUAGCAGCCAUGGGUAAAGGCACGGGAAGCUUCGGCAAGCGCCGGAACAAGACGCACACGCUCUGCCGGCGAUGUGGGCGGCGAAGUUUCCACAUCCACGAAGUCGAAGUGCUCGGCAUGUGGAUAUCCUGCAGCACGGAUGCGCAAGUUUAACUGGAGUCAGAAGGCCAUUCGCAGGAAGACAACAGGGACAGGGAGGAUGCGCCACCUUCGGACCAUGCCCCGAAGGUUCAAGAGCGGCUUUAGGGAAGGCACCCAGGCCGCUCCGAAGAAGAAGGACGCCGCAGCAGCCGCUCAUUGAGUGCGUUGAGGGAGUUUUGGCCGAAGUGCAGUGAUGAUGUAAAGGGGGAGAGGGAGAGGGAGAGGUCUCGGAGAAGAGCGAGAUGUGCAGAGAUUUGCAGAGAUGCGCAGACGUUUUCGUCAUAGAAUGAGAGCCUAACUCCUCGUCGUCGAUUCCAUUUUUUCCGCUCUCUGAGGUAUAAAAUAUGGGUGACUUUGUUCCAGUUAUCAGGAGUAGGUUAAGGGUUCAAAUUCGUUUGUCCGCUCUCGACGUGACACGUUUGCAAGCGAACUGAGAUCGGUGUCGUCACCGAAUCUUUCCGUCGGCUGUGAGUCGAGUGGAGAGUGAGUGGAAGUGGGGGUGGAAGGAAGGAGGAUUGUUCGCGCUCUCGCUCGCUCUGAAGAGGCGACGCGGUGGACUUAUCAUCCUGUGAUGGGGAGGUAAGGGUGGAGGAGGGAGGGGUGGUUGGUUUUUGACGACGAUCUUGUGGAUGGAACUCGUGAGAUGGGCUCUGAUUGAUCCAAAUGACAGCCGUCGAAGAUGCUGUGAGUUUUCAGUAAUUCAAUUCCAUUAGUCGUGUGCGACAUCGAAAUCUUUGCAUUUUGCGCGAAGAGAAAUUUUCUUCUUUGUAAAAAAAAAAAAGAAAAAAAGCUCCCGCUCUCGCACCCGUCCCCCGUGUCCGUUUUCGGAAGCGCGCGGUGAAGGCGGGGGCAAGGUCCGACUUGCGCAAAUCAGGAGAUUCUGCCCGUUGAUCUUUGCUAUCUACGGUCAGUAUCUCUUAAUUCGUGCAAGUGGGACCUAGCCCCGGAUGCGAAGGCGCGGUGGACGGUGGAAUAAUGGCGCGAAGAGGAGAGAGCGCAAAGAUUCACUCUCCCCGCGUUCUAGCAGAUCUGUCCCCGCCCUGUAGGCGGGCUGAGUGGCUGUACCGGCUUUGGUAGCUGAGCGAGUUUUUGCACCGGCGGGACAGUAGUUGCGGCAACCGGGGCACAACAGGACAGAACAGGACAGCACAGCGGAGACACCCAGGCAGAGGUAGACAUGGAGAUAUCCCUCGAGCUGCGGAGGGACACGGCGUGAUGAACUGCCCCAGGCAAGUCACAGUAGCAUGCUGAUAUUCGUUCGACCAUCGGUGCUGUGUAGAGGAGGAGCACGAUUGGUAGACGGGCAUGCUCGUGCCCAUGCUUUCCUCGAUGUCAUUCUGAUCAGUGUGAGUGGUGAGGCGUGCGUGGGAAGUUGGAGAUUGCUGUCGAGCGUGGUUGAUGUCGGCGGCACGGAGGUGAACGAACGCCUUGAGAGCUCUCCUUUGGGAUCGCUGGUCAGCGUGAAGCGUCACAAGUCCAUGAUUUCCAUCUUCAUAUCUUCAAAUUCUUUGCCAGCUUAUGCUAAGGCGCCACACACUCUUGCGGGCAGGCGUGCUGCUUCCAGACAGCCUGGAUCUGGGAUGAUGGAGCUCAUUGGUGCACCUCUGGUGGUUUCUCUUUUCACAUUAUUAUUGAUGUCAAGAUGCUCGGCCCAGAAUCCGGAAAUGGUUACUUUGAGAGCUGCGAUGAAAUCGUGGACGAAUGGGGCAGCUGUAUUGGGAAGCAGCUGGAAUGCUGGGGACAACCCUUGUGUAGGAUGGACAGGAGUGGAAUGCAAUGAGAAUAACAAAGUGGAUACUUUGUAAGUACCUCUGUGAAUAUUGAUUGCAGAAUCAGAACUCCAUGAUGGCUACGUCU